AUGCCUAACGUCAAAGACAUUUUGCACAUGCGCAACCCUUUCACCCAUAACAAGGACGACGAGGUCUGCAUCCCAAAGAACCUCAACGAGAAGAACGCUUCUCCACCAGCGCCGCCCGCACCCGCACCACCGACGGUCGCACAGGACUCUAUGGCCGCUCCCGCGAGCGCAAUGGCAUCGUCCGAAGCUCCUUUGACCGUCGUCGAGCUCUUUCAGAGCCAAGGUUGCAACUCCUGCCCUCCCGCCAACGCCAACGUGAUCCCGCUCGCGGACCAGCCGGAUAAGCUUGUCCUGACUUACGAAGUCACAUAUUGGGACUACCUUGGCUGGCCUGACACCUUCGGUAACAAGGAAUGGGACACACGUCAACGCGACUACUCGUUCGCGUUCAAGAACCGCAGUGUAUAUACGCCCCAGGUCAUUGUCAACGGUGUCGCGAAUGGCGUAGGCUCGCGCAAGUCCGAACUUGCCUCCCUUCUCGAGCAGGGUGCAUCUGCUGUGCCCACGCCGUUACCCGUAUCUGUCAGCGCGGGUACAGUGACCGUGGGUGCACGCCCAGGCACUCGCGGUAUAGUCCAACUCAUCCGUUACGACCCGCGCAACCAGGUCGUGGACAUAGGCCGCGGGGAGAACCGAGGAGAGCAUCUGCCGCACCGAAAUAUCGUUCGCGAGCUGCACGUCUUGGGUUGGUGGGAAGGCGCGGAGUUAAGCUUCGCGAUCCCAGAGAUGACGGCGCAAGAUGGGCUGAGCGCUGCAAUUCUCGUGCAGAAGGGAAGGGGAGGGCAAAUACUUGGCGCUGCGAAGGUCUAG